CUUGGGGGACCCGUCUUUGGGGCUCGGAGAUGCGGCCGCAGGUGGCCUUGCUGCUGCUGCUGGGCUCUGCUUGCUGCGGUUCAGCUCAGCUAAUCUUUAAUACGACCAAAUCUGUAGAAUACACCAUUUGCAAUGAAACUGUUGUCAUCCCCUGCAUCGUUAUUAAUGGGGGGGCAGAGGACAUUGCUGAGCUGUAUGUCAAGUGGAAACUUAAAGGCCAAUACAUUUUGAACUUUGAUGGAGAGAAGCAGAAGCUAUAUACCCACCCUGAAUUUCCGAGUGCAAGGAUCUCACAAGCAGAUCUGCUGAAAGGUAUUGCCUCCUUGAAGAUGAAUAGAAAUGAGACCGUUGUGGGAAACUACACUUGUGAAGUAACGGAAUUAACCCGAGAAGGCGAAACCAUCAUAGAAUUAAAAUACCGUGUUGUGUCAUGGUUUUCUCCAAAUGAAAAUAUUCUAGUUGUGAUUUUCCCAAUUUUGGCUAUACUUCUAUCCUGGGGACAGUUUGGUAUUAUGACACUGAAAUAUAAAUCCAGCAACACAAAGGAGAAAACCAUUCUUUUAUUUGUUGCUGGCCUAGUGCUCACUGCCGUCGUCGUCGUGGGAGCCUUUCUUUUUGCCUCAGGUGAAUACUCAGCAAAAAAUGCUUCUGGACUUGGUUUAAUUGUAAUUCCUACAGCGAUAUUAAUAUUACUUCAGUACUGUGUGUUCAUGAUAGCUAUCGGCAUGUCCUCCUUUACCAUCCUUUACCAUAUAUUGAUCCUCCAGGGGCUGGGCUAUGUGCUCUCUUUGAUUGGACUGAGCCUCUGCGUCUCAGAGUGCACUCCAGUUCAUGGUCCACUUCUGAUUUCAGGUUUGGGUAUUAUAGCUCUAGCAGAAUUACUUGGAUUAGUAUAUAUGACAUUUGUUGCUUCCAAUCAGAAAACUUUACAACCUCCUGGGAGUAACUGAAGUGAUGAACUCUUAUUGGAGAUGAGUAAGAUGUGAAAGGAAUACACUUGUAUUUAAGCAUCAUGGCUUAGAAUUACUGUUUGAGAGAAGACAACAAGAAACAUAAUUGACUUUUUUGAGUAUGGGAGAAAUAUAUCAUUGACCCU